GACACUUGGGCAAUGGCGACGGCCUGAAUUCAUCCGCGCUCAAGAACUGGGAUCAUUUAUUUUCUCAAUCCAGUUUCCAGAACGGUCUCAUUCUCAUUUUCAGUGGAGCCACAGCUCAUCAAAUCAGGAUGGACAGCUUGGAGAAACAGCUUAUUUGUCCCAUUUGUCUGGAAAUGUUCACGAAACCUGUUGUUAUUCUUCCUUGUCAACACAAUCUUUGCCGGAAAUGUGCUAAUGACAUUUUCCAGGCCUCAAAUCCAUACCUUCCCACCAGAGGAGGCUCAGUGACGUCAGGUGGCCGUUUCAGGUGUCCAUCUUGCAGGCAUGAAGUUGUGCUGGACCGUCAUGGGGUCUACGGUCUGCAGAGAAACCUUUUGGUGGAAAACAUCAUUGACAUGUACAAACAAGAGUACAUCAGCCGACCCUCUUCUGAGAGGAAGGCUGACCAGCCAAUGUGUGAGGUCCAUGAGGAUGAGAAAAUCAACAUAUACUGCCUGACCUGCGGUGUCCCCACCUGCUCUAUGUGUAAAGUGUUUGGUGCUCACAAGGACUGUGAAGUUGCCCCCCUUAACAGUAUAUACCAGACGCAAAAGACAGUGCUCACGGAUGGAAUAGCAAUGAUGGUCGGCAAUAAUGACAGGAUCCAAGGCAUCAUCAGUCAGUUGGAGGAGACCUGUAGGACCAUAGAGGAAAAUGGCAGACGACAGAAGUCCCAGGUGUGUGAAAAGUUUGACCAAUUGUACGCCAUCCUGGAGGAGAGGAAGAGAGAGAUGAACCUGAAAGUGGUGGCUGAACAGGAUGAGAAAGUCAGUUAUAUUCGUGGCCUCACUAGCAAGUAUGGAGAUCAUCUGGAAUCCAUGACCAAGAUCAUGGAGACAGGAAUCCAAACAUUGGAGGAGCCUGAGAUGGCUGUUUUCUUGCAGAAUGCCAAACCACUCUUGCAAAAGAUUGCAGAGGCAUCAAAUACCUCCCACCUGGAGAGAGUUGAAUGUGGCUAUGAGAGCAUGGAUCAUUACUCCGUGAGCUUCAAGAAAGAGGGCAGGGCCCUUCGUAAUAUUGACUUCACCAGAGAUGAUGAGGAAGAGGAGGAGGAUGAAGAUGAUGUGGGUGUUGAUACGGAAGGCCUGGCUGAGGAGACAGCCUUGGGGGGAGCGGAUACAAUGGACCUGUUGAACGAACCCCUUCCUCCCCUCCUGCCCCCACAAACACAGAGCAAACACACACCCGCUACAUCUUCCUAAAUUCACAAAGUGCACAUACUCGCUAACACAUAAAACCCUCUCUUUGCAACCUGAUUUGAAACAUAAAAAUGCCUAUAAGCCUGUAGACACUUUCAAGACAGAGAAAUGGACUAUGACACGUUCCUGAAUUUGAGAAACUGUUUUUCAGUUACUGCUUAUGAAAAGUCACCAGAUGACUAAAUAUAAACAUAGAUGACUUAAAAAAAAAACUUCCAAGAUUUGUGGUGUUGUACACUGCAUAGAGAGUGUUCACGUGAUAUUUUCAUUGCAGUUGGCACGGCAAUGGUAUUUGAGUUAUGAAUGAUAUGAAUCGCUCUAAAUGUUCUUUGCAUUUCAUAUAAAUAUCACAGACAAAUAAAAGUUUACUUGAGUUGGUUCCAGUUCCAAAACAGUAACCUUUAUGUAAUGGCAACUGGAGAUAGCCUAUAUAAGUAGUGUAAUGAUUCGUAAUAGAUUCAAUUUAAACCAAUAUAAUCUAGUUCAGUCCAUUUCAUUUGUACCCAGAGCACUCAUGUAUUACAUAUAGUUGCCUAAUCUACUCUAAGAAGCAUCCGUGGCAGAGCGUGGAAGUAAUCUCCACAUUGCACUGACUCUGCUCUGUAAACAAGUGUUGUUCGCACUUCUCGGUGGUCGAGCUGAAAUAACGAUGCCAGGGCAUUGCGUAAUCCAUAUAUUCUGGCCCAGUGGAGGGUGAUCGGUGACGGGAUGUGCUUCUGUGACUGGAUUCACAUGGAGCACGGCUACGAUGAACUUAAUGUGGCCCAGGGAGCACAACCCCAAUUCAACACUCAUCUCAACAUGUGUGUCUAAUACCUUACAAUGGGCGGAACUUUGAAAACUGAGGUGUACUUCAUGAAGGUUUAUGUGAAUUGAAAUGAUAAGCUAAGAUUUAAGUUUUUUUUUUUUCAACAGAAAAUUAUAGAUUGGUUUUAGAUGUUCUUCCCACGAUGCAUUUAGGACAUGGUUCAGGGAAACUCUGCACCCAAAACUUGGCUGUAAAAGAUCUCCAAUUGCUGCAUAGAUAGAAUGAGUCACAUACCAGUUAUUUGGUUUGGUGUCAAACCAGGUUCAGUGAGCGCAAGGUGUGCGUACUGCAAUUGAGAAUCAGUCAUCUUUUCAUAACAGCAGGCAAGUCUAUUGUUAUUUGCUGUUUAUUUCCGUAACAUAUUGCCAAAAAUACUACCAAACUACUUUUGGUAGAAGUGCAGCCAGUUCUAUUCAGAAUGCAGUCUGUCCUUAUUAAAUAAUUACUGUCUAAAAUCUGUCAAAAUGUGAAGUGACAAACAUUUGUGUAAGUUGAUGUGCCAUGUACUUAUAUGUUUUAGAACCUUGUUUUUGAGCUACCUUUUUAAUAAGUGAAAAUUUCCCUUCAGUAUAUGAUCAAGUUUGUUGCUACAUAUGUGGUACACUACUAUUUUUCCUUCUUUUUUACACUUUAAAAUAUUGGUAACAAUAAGGUUGUAUUUGGUAACAUUAGUCAAUGCUAUGGUAUAAUGAACUAACAAUGAACAAUACAUUUUUACAGAAUUUAAUCUUAAAGAAUUUAGAAUUUAUAAAAAUAGAAUAGUUCAUAUUACUAACAUAUACAACUUUUAAUUACAAAAUGUACUAGUAAGUCUAGAGUAUAUUGAAAUUUAACAUUAACCACGAAUACAACCUUAUUGUAAAGCGUUACCAAAAUGUAUAAUUGUAAUUUAAAUAAUGGAAUAGAUUCAGCAUUUAAUAUUUAUAUAAACUUUUGUAAAGGAAUCAUUGUUUUCGCCUGGUGAUGCCAAUCAGGAACGAGAUGCAUCUCCUGUCAGUCAUCUCAAGAUGAUCAUCAUUCAUUGAUCCUUAGUCUUUACAUCACAAUGUAAUCACUGUGAAUAUUUAAUAUAAGAUGUAGAUUAUAUUGACAACAUUUUGCUGCAUUGAAAAAUGUUAAUGUUUAAGGAUUAGAUGUACUUGUUUAUUUAAUCGCUUAUGUUCAUACGCCAAUAAUCUAGACAAGAAAUGGCACACUGGCUUUCAAAGUUUUAUUGAAAAAUAUAAAUAUAAGACAUUCUCUUGCACAACAAAAUCAGUGGUUGCUCAUUAGUUUAUUAACAAACUUAAACAAUGUACUGUAUGUUACAAUGAAACUCAAGUCUGUCAGAUAAAAUAAUGCAGUACUUGGAAAUAUUAAAGUCUUUUUUUUUUUUUUUUUAAGAAAUCCGUUUUGAAUAAUCUACAACUCUGAAUGAUCACUUAUACAAUAACAUUGAGAGUGAAGACAGUUUUGCGCAUCUAAACAAAUUACCAGUCAUGGUCAUAUACACCAACUCUAGUCGCCUUCAUUGAAAUAUCUACAAAUAAACAAGUCACCGGUAUAAAUAGAUCGUGAUGGAAAAGCAGCACUAUGGUACAGAAUAUUUAUGUUUGUGCCAAAUGUA